CUGUGCAGUUUUAAUCAUAACGUAGAAACGAUAAUUAUGACGCUUCGGUAAUUACUAAGCUCACGAAUCAAAGUGACUUAAUUGCAAAACCGGUGAAGUUGAAUAUCAUAGUUUCGAUGACACUGCAAAUUUUAUUGCACUUAUAAAUUAGUGAAGUUUCAUUUCACACACUGAGUUUGAUUUAGGUUUUCACCAUGAGACUUCGUAAGAAAAAAAUAGUUUUAAAAGUUUAAUUCAAAUAUGAGCCGGCACAAUGAGAGGUUUGAUAAUUGUGACAUUAACGGUCGUAUUAAAAGUGUUAGAACCUAGCUAUGGCGCAAUGACUAUGAAGCAGCUGAAUAAUUCACUUGAUAUGAUGCGGAAAGCAUGUGCUCCCAAAUACAAUGUCAAUGAAGUUAGCUUGGAUAGUUUAAGAGCAGGAAAAUUUCCUGCAGAUCCGGAUAACGAGUUAAAAUGUUAUACAAUGUGUAUAGCACAAAUGGCUGGAACGCUUACGAAAAAAGGUGAAAUAAGCUAUUCGAAAACUGUGGCACAAAUUGAUGCAAUGUUACCCACAGAACUCAAAGCUCCUGCGAAAGAGGCUUUAAACGCUUGCAAAAACGAACGAAAUAAACUUUUAAGUGGGCUGAAACAACACCGCGUCGUAACCCGAACAAGGGGCAUUGUAUUAAGAAUUUUUGAGGCAAUAUGCAACUGCACAAACUCGGCUACACUGCCGGGACAAAGGUCAGGAACAACUGCAGCUGCUCCAACCGCUGGCGGAACUGCAUCCGAAAGCAAGUAACCAUAUUAAAUCAUCAAGGACUACAACUUCGAAUAAAAUUCUUUACAAAUGUCAUGCUGUUGUGAUGCCUGUAACCUUUCCACACAGGAUUUUUAGUUGAACAAGUGAUAAAACUAUACAAAUAAAAAAUAUAGUCGUACAACGGGAAGGAACAUAGCAUAUAAGAAUCUCACCGUUAAACCACCGUAUGAAAUUAGGUUUCUAUAUACCUAUUAUUCAAAAUCUACAAUCAGCUAAUGCAAACAUACACAUACACCUUCCAUUAAAGUUAUAGUGUUUUGCAAACUAAAGCGAAACAAUUUGAUCUCACAAUUUGAAUUCCCUCAAAACCGAUUCUUUCCUUACAUGUAAUUUACCAAAAAAAGAAAUGUUAUAUUUUUUAUAUGGAUUUGUAGAAUGACUAUUCGGUGUAUCAAAAAGUUGGUGUUCUAUGGUGACGACGUACUAGACCUUUUAAUGUUAUAUAUAUAUAUAUAUAUAUAUAUAUAUAUAUAUAUAUAUAUAUAUAUAUAUAUAUAUAUAUAUAUAUAUAUAUAUAUAUAUAUAUAUAUAUAUAUAUAUAUAUAUAUAUAUAUAUCAAUCUCGUAAAGCUCGGACUAUACUUUUGUGGAUUUUGGUCUGCUGAUUUAGAGAAUGAUUGUAAGUAGUUUUUCUCUCUCAAGUCUAGUAUUUGCAAUAUGGCUAGUAUAGCGUCUUUUAUCAGAUUAUUUUGAAAUUUGGAUUUGUUAGAGAAGAGAUGUAUGAUUAUAUUUUGGAAUCAUAUUUAGAAGCAAAAUUGUUUCAAUGAUAUUAACUUGAAAUUCAUAAAAACGACAAAUUUUACCAAACAAACACACAUCUUUUUUAAUUUGAUCGUAUAAAGUGUGUCCAAAGCUUUUUUAGUUGAUUUGAAAUUGGUGCAUUUCGUCUCGCUGAAAGUAUAAGUUCAAGGCACAUGUGGUUUUUCACAAAAAAAGGCAUAUCUCAAAAUCUAGACUCGAGAGAAAAACAUGAUCUUUUUUUAAAUCAGUGGACAAAUUACUCCAGUCCAGUGUUAUCUAUGUGGUCCCAUGACUCUGCACUGUUUAAAUUGCGCCCAAAUUUGCCUUCGUGUUGCUCAAAUCAAUAAUUGGGUGUAAAAAUUCAAAUUCAUAUCCACGGUAUUCAAUUUUAAGUAUGUAGGUUGAAUCAUUAUGCGAGAGUGCAUAAAUGGUGCUGGGCACUUAAAUUCGAAUUUAAACUUUAUAUUACAGUGCUGUAAGUCGUUUGCAAAAAAAUUAAGAAUGCUUUCGCAAAAAAAGACGCAUUCACUUUUCGAAAAACAAAUAGACGAUGUGUAACUAAUUAGUUUGUUUGUUACUUUUCUGUUUAUUCUAAGCACGUGCAAGCAUAUAGGUAAAUAUAUCAGAUAACAGAAAUUAUCAGGAGAAAAAUUGUUUUGAAUUACAAUACCUUUGAUAACUAA